AUGGAGGCUAUAUUUUCUGCUACUAUGGGUGAGCUUGUCAGUAGAUCCAUAUCUUUCCUCGUGGAUAGAUACCUGAAGCAGAAGGUUGCGCCAGGCGAGGAGGAGAGUCUGCGCGGGCUGCAACGACUGCUACUGCGGCUUUGCGUCGUCGUUGAGGAGGCAGAUGGCCGUCUCGUCACAAACAAAGCGAUGCUACAUCAACUCAGAAUACUGAAAAAGGAGAUGUACAGGGGCUAUUACACUCUCGACUUCUUCAGUUGCCAAGCCCAUGGAGAAGACAGGACAAAAGAUCGUGAAGUAAGCAACUCCUUUGCCCCAUCUAUGUUCAACCCUGCCAAGCGUGUAUGUAUCUGCAGUGGCAGCAAUGAAGGUGCAGUGCGAGCUGAGCUGCUGGAGAAAGUGUUUGGCAGCAUAAGGGACACCAUGGAAGAUAUGAGUGAGUUCACCAGGUUUUUAUGCAGAUACCCACGUUUGGACCGCCAACCGUACAACAUAUAUCUCCUGCUGAACAAGUGCAUGUUCGGGCGCCAGAUGGAGAUGGAAUUUAUCAUAGACUUCCUGUUGCAAGAGGAGUGUGAUCCCAAUGCCGCUGAAGAUCCUGCUGUCCUGCCGAUCACCGGUCCAGGAUAUGUUGGAAAGAGCACUCUGAUUGAGCAUGCUUGCAACGAUGAAAGGGUGCGCAACCACUUCUCUCAGAUUCUGCAUUUCAGUGGUGAUGAUCUUAAAGAUGCAAGUGUGGAGACCCUAAGAAGUGGAGGUAAAAUCAAACAUCAAAACUGUGGCAUGGGCGGUGGAAGGACACUGAUCAUCAUUGAGCUAUUUCUGGAUAUCGAAGAGUCUGUUUGGAAAAGGUUGUAUUCAGCCGUGAGGAUUUGCAUUGCGAGCGUCAGUAAGAUAAUAGUCGCGAGCCGAUCCAAUAGGAUUGCAAGCUUGGGAACCACACAACCCCUCAGAUUACAGUGGCUUAAUACGGAAGCAUACUGGUACUUCUUCAAGGCGCGUGUUUUCGGGAGCACCAGCACGGAGGACCAACCAAAGCUCACAGCAAUAGCCAUGGACAUGGCCAGGCUGUUGAAAGGGUGCUUCAGGGGUGCAACCAUCUUCGGUGGACUACUCAAAGCAAACUUUAACCUCCGUUUCUGGAGCAUGGCCCUUGCAACCCUCAGGAAUAUCUCGCAGAAUAACAUCAUGAUGUAUGGUGAACGUGUAGUUGAUGAUUGGGAUAUUGUCGAGCCAUUAUAUCUCAGGAGCUCAAAUAAAAAUUCUUCUGAAUGCUUUGUAAUUUUGGCUGAUUACCAGACAUGUUAUGGUGAAACUCAACCUGAAGAUCCAGAGAUGAUGGUGACCGUGCAAGAUCUUUAUUUUGGAAGUAUUAGGCCUCGAGGAAAUUUCAAGGUCCAUGCAUGGACAUCUCAUCUGCCGCCUCACUACAACUACAUGUUUCACUGUGGGAUACGAUCUCUUCCAGAAGAGUAG